AUGCUGGUGGUGCGGCAGCGGCGGCUUCAGCUGCAGCUGAUGGUGCUGCAGUUGAUGGGGCGGCUCAGCCCCCGCGCCAAGCCCGCAGCCGUAGCCGUGGUCGGGGUCGUGGUCGUGGUCGGGCCGGCCGUGGUCGCGCCCGUGCUUCGGGCGGAUGCGCCUGCGUUUGUGCCGGGCGCCGUUGUGGCGACCUCUGCGACCUCUCAGGCCAACGCGCCGACGGGAGGCGGUGGCAAGAAGAAGCAGAAGCGGGGGAAGAACCGGAAGGGCAAGGGCAGGGCACCCGAGGCGGGCAAGGGCGGCUCGAGCCGCGGGCCUCCGCCAUCAAAGGCCCGUCCGAGUGUGGCGCCAGCGCCUGUCGACACUGUCGGGCACUCGACGCUGGCGGCUGGGCUGAUGCGCGAGCUGGUGAGCGGCUCGUACGAGUGCAUGGUGUGCAUGGACAACAUCAAGUCGCACACCGCAGUCUGGUCAUGCGACCGUUGCUUUGCGCUCUUCCACAUCUUCUGCAUCAAAAAGUGGGCCCGAGCGGCCGAGGCCGGUGAGCCAUGGCGGUGCCCUGGAUGCCAGCACGAGGUCCACUCGCGGGCGUUCAAGUACAUGUGCUACUGCGGCAAGGUGAAGGAGCCCGAGUUCAAUCCGUACAUCACGCCGCACUCGUGCGGUGACAACUGCGGUAAGCUCCGCAAGGGCACUCCGUGCCCACACCCGUGUACCAUGCCAUGCCAUCCGGGCCCGUGCCCGCCGUGCUCGGCCACAGCUCCGGCUCGCCCCUGCUUUUGUGGUGCCACCACGUACGUGCCGCGUUGCUCCGACGUUGACGCCGGCCGCUCGUGCGGCGCCGCUUGCGGCAAGCCGCUCAACUGCGGUCGCCACACGUGCGCCAACGAGUGCCAUGACCUCGGCUGUCCGCCGUGUGACAUUGAGUUUGAGCAGACGUGCUAUUGCGGGAGCGAGACUCGGGUCCGCAACUGCGCGCUCGCUGAGUAUGACAUCGGCUUUGCCGACGAUCGCGCUUUCGCAUGUGGCUCGACGUGCGGCAAGAGCCUCGAGUGUGGCGAGCACACCUGCGGGCGGUCGUGCCACAAGGGCCCCUGCGGGCCGUGUCCACUGGAGCCGGAAGUAGUGACUACUUGCCACUGCGGCAACAGCGAGCUGGCCACCCUUCCGGCGCCGGCGCGCGAGGCGUGCACCGAUCCGAUUUCGUCGUGUGGUGGGUUGUGCGGCCGCGAGCUGGAGUGCGGGCAGCACCCUUGCCCGCGCGUGUGCCACCCGGGCCCAUGCCCGCCUUGCACUGCCGCGGUCGAGGCGUCGUGCCGGUGCGGGUCGACGAGCGCGAGCGCUCUCUGUGGGGUGGUCAAUGCCGACUCGACCCGCAGAGCCGCCAAUGCAGCCUGCGCCCUGCCCGAGGUUCGUGAUAGCAACGGCGACCUGCUCGCGGCGUACCAGCCGCACUACGAGCCGCUCGACACCACUCCGAUCCGGUGCAAAAAGGUGUGUACCGCGCGGCUGCAUUGCAAGCGGCACCGGUGCCGGGAAGUGUGCUGCCCGCUCAACCCCGACCUGCCGGCAGCGUUUGGCCGUGACGACCCGGGCGGGCUCCACAUUUGCCGACGCGUGUGCAACCGCGAGCUGUCGUGUGGCAACCACCGUUGUGAGCGGCUUUGCCAUCGGAACGCGUGUGGGGAGUGCGGCAACGUCUCGUUCGACGAGAUGGUCUGUCCAUGCGGCGCGUCGCGGAUCCUUCCGCCGAUCGAGUGCGGGACUGCACCGCCGCAGUGCUCACAGCCGUGCUCGAUCCCGCGACCGUGUGGACACCCGAUGGCUCAUCCGUGCCAUCCGGCCGGCUCGCCGUGUGCUCCGUGUGCGUUCCUCACGUCGCGGCCGUGCAACGGCGGCCACAAGAUCAUGCCGCACGUCCGGUGCUCGCUCUCCAAUGUGUCGUGCGGCGCGCCGUGCGGCGUGGCCAUGCCUUGUGGUGAGCACACGUGUCGGCGAACAUGCCACUCGGGCGAGCACGUGGUGGCCAAGGCAGCGGCCGGCGACGGGGCCGGCCCGUCGGACGCUGUGCCUGCCGAGGCUGCUGACGAUCCCGAUGCGCCUAACCCGCAGUCGUGCCGGCAGGCAUGCCACCGGAUGCGAUCGUCGUGUUCGCACCGGUGCCAGGCGAUGUGUCACCCGGGCGAAGCAUGCCCGGCAGUCCCGUGCUCUGCCCGAGUCCGGGUCUCGUGUGGGUGUGGGCGGAUGAGCCGCGAGGUGGUCUGCUCACGCGGAGGGCCGCCCGAAACCGAGUCGCGCAUCGUCCGAGCGCUCGAGUGCGACGAGGAGUGUGCUCGGGUGGCGCGCAACGCGCGCCUCGCGCUCGCGCUCGACUCGUCAGGCACAGCUGCGCUGCCGACUGCUGUCGAGUACUCUGAGUUUCUCCAGGUUGCUGCCGUCCGCGAGUCCGCGCUCAUUGCCAUGCUCGAGCAAACGUUUGGCAAGCUCCUGGCGACGCCGUCGACGACGUCGACCAACCUGCCGCCCAUGCCGGCGUCGCAGCGCGAGGUUGUCCACGAGCUCGCGGUCGUCUACCACCUGCACUCAGAGUCGUACGACACCGAGCCGCACCGACGGGUGGUUGUUUCGAAGCGGGCCGACUCGCGGUCGCCGCCGAUUCUGCUCUCCGAGUGGCAGGCGGUGGUGCGGACGACCCGCAAACUCGAGCGCGAAAAGGCAGCAGAGGCUCGCAACCUUGGCGUGACGCUCGACCCGGAAGAGGCAUCGGUGGAGGACCUCAACGCGCUGCAGAUCUACGGGCUCGACCCGUCGGUCAAAACUCGCAAUUUGCUGGCCUUCCUCAUGCCGUUUGAGAACGAGUACCGGCUCCAGUGGGUGGACGACGAGAACGCGCUUGCCAUCUUUGUCUCGCACAUCCGUGCGAUGCAGGCGUACAACCUCCUCAACGGCCGCCGCUUCCCGGUCCGCCUGGUUGCGGUGCCAACUCCCAGCUCGCGCGCCUCGGCCCGCACCAGCAAGCUCUCGGGCGCCGCCAAACGGCGCAAAAAGCUCACCUCAAUGUCCACCACCGCCCGGCCGCCACCAACUUCGAGCGCAGGAGUGUACGAGAACAUGGUCGUCCAGUCGGAGGCAAUCGCGCCCAUCGCCUUCAACCCGUUUAACGUCCUCACUCGCACCGACCUCGUGCGGGAGGCCACCGAGGCCACGUUUGCUUCUCCACCCAACGAGCCGGCGUCCAACGACGACGGUGACGAGUCGUGGGAAGAUGCAGCCGGCCCUGACGACGGUGAGUCUGCCGAGUCUGCCCCCAAUACCGACCAUUAA